AUGGCAAAGGAGCUGCUGGAGAGCAUCAAGAAGGCCGCCAGCAUUGACCAGGCCUUCCAAGCGAUGCACGGCAACGCCGCCCAAAAGGCCGCCUUCCUCGAGCUGCGGCCGCUGCAUGCCCUCGUACGGUCUCCGCCCAUCACCGGGUCGUUCAACGCGACGAUGGCUGAGAAGGUGCUGAGCUUCUUCGCCAACCAAACGCCACCGAUCAUCGAACAAGAGUCCGCCGAGCACUACACCCCGCUCAUGCAGGUCCGAGCCGACAUCAACAAAGAGGUCAGCUGGCAGAAUACGGGCUGGUUCGUCACCCGAGAAUCGCACACGCCGCUCCGGCUGGCCUGCAAACACGCGCAGGUUGCCUUGACGCAGCUCUUGCUGGAGCGGGGCGCCGAUGCCACGAAGAUCGACACCUUCUUCUCCAUACUGAGGAACACCGCGCUCAGCCAUGCCGACAAGAUGGCGCUCGGCAUGGCGUUGCUGCCUUAUACCAACUUGACCAACCACUGGGCGCAGCUCUUGGUCGAUCUCUUGAACAGCCGGGCCUUGCCCCUAUUCCAGAAGCUGCUCACGCUCGACGACAAGAUCAAGGAGUGGAAGUUCCUGCCAAACACGAGCCAGGACCCGCUGAUCCAGCUCAUCGAAGCCGGCGGCGAAGCUCUUCCAGAAUGGAUCGACGAGCUGCUGCGCAACGGCCACAAGUUCGAUCCGCCGAUCGAUGUCAACGCGACUCGCUCGAGCAAUGGCACGCCGGUGGUCCUCCUCAGCGUGGUGCGCAGCCGGUCGGCGGCCGUGAUCAAGACGCUGAUCAAACACGGCGCCGAUCCCAACGCGCGUGACGAGUCUGGGCAGGAUAUCAUCGACGAGCUGCUUGCCGCGGGCGCUGACAUCUUUGCUGUGGACCCCGGCAACACGGCCCUGGGCUAUGCCCUGGUCUACGAGCGGUGGGACGCCGUCGACAGGCUGCUCACCGACGCCAACCUGGACGAACCGAUUCAGUGGCUGCUGCGCCGUCCCAUCCUGCGCAGCGACAAAGAGGAGAAGGACCGCGAUCGCGCGCGACUCAUCCAGAAGCGACUCGCCGCCGGCAAGAAGCCCCCUCGGCGCAACUACGAGCAGGAGAACGAGCUCUACGAGCUCGUCGACGACCACGCCACGUGCAGUGUCAAGGCGCAGGAGUACCAGCGAUUGGCCGGCGUCAACUCCAAAAUGCUCGACGUGCGCGGCAAGACGCCGCUGCUGUUCUGCGUGGCGGCGGGCCGGACGGCGCUGGUGAAGCGGAUCCUGGCGCGGCGACCUGAGCUGAGCUGGCAGACGUGUAACAUCGCGGCCGACUGGCCCGGGCUCGCGAGUCGCUACGAGGGCAUGCGGGUCGACAUCAGCCCGGCAGCCUUGGCCGCGCUGCACGGCCAGGCCAAGGCCUUCGGGCUGCUCUUCAAACACGCUGACGGUCACUUGGACGUGAACGCGUGGAUGGAGUGGGACAGGAUGCGGCAGCAGUGCAUCCACGCCUUCCUCAAGGACCAACCCGGUGACGAGGACGCUCUCCAGGCCCUGUCCGUUCUGGCGUCCCUGGGCCAACCGGUGGAGAUGGGCGCCGACCCUUUGGUGGUCGACAACUGGGGCAACUCGCCGCUCGCGCUGGCGGCCCACGCGCGUGAGUGGGACAUUUGCCGACAGCUGAUCUCCGCCGGGGCCAACAUCAACGCGUUCUACCAGCCACCCCGGAAAGGCAGCAGUCCGCGCGAGCACAAACAAUCGCUGAUUGGGAUUUUGGCCCGAGGAAUUCCUGUGGCUCCGGAACACAUGUACGAGCUGAUCACGAGCUCGCAUUUCGACUUUGUAUACCACCUGCUCAAGAAAUUGCGGGCGGAAAACAAGCUUCAGUCCUACUUGAGUGCGCAGCAAUGCAAAGGUCCUCUGUUCGCGCUCACCAAACUCAAAAUCAGUGACUCCAGAAGCAAGCCCGCUCAAAAAGUGCUGAAAGCUCUGUUUGCCGCCGUGAAAGAUUACGGCUGUACCGCACGCAAUGAGCGCGGCGACACGUUCCUCACGGCCCUGGCGCGCGAGCAGCAGACCGAUGCCGACUCCGCGGAGGACUCUGCGAAGAUGAGCCAGACCGAGUUUGCAUCGUUGACCCUGGCCCUGAUCGCCCACGGCGCCGAUCUCGCCGAGCGCAACGUCGACGGCGACACCUUCUUCCACGUCGUCGCGCGCGACUACCAGAGUACCGAACUGCUCAAGUCUUUUCUUGCCGCCAUCGACGCCGAGCGCGCCCAGCGCUUGGCCCAGCCACAGACGUCAACUUCCACCAUGGCGGCGGCGGCGGCGGCGGCGGAGGCGCAGAAGAUGGAGGGGGUCGAAGGCGGCGAGGCGGACAUGGACGUGGAAUUCGAAGCAGCAGCAGCAGCAACCAAACCGGAGUCCGCCGCUGCCGCCGGCGAAGAAGAAAAAAAUAAGCUGGCCGCGCAACCGGAGGAGGGCAGUCUCGAGGCGCGGGUGAAGCGGGCGCUGGAGGUGCGCAACGGGCGCGGCCAGACGCCGCUCCUGACCGCCGUGCGACCGUACGCACACGCCGCCUGCCGCAACACCGAAGUGAUGAGUUUGCUGCUGGCCCUGGGAGCCAAUCCGCAGGACAGGGAGCAGGGCACGGGCAACACGGCCCUCUUCUACGCCGUGAUGACCGACAACCAGGCCGGCGUGCGGAAGCUGCUGGAGCUCGGGCUGGACAUCAACGGCGUCAACGACAAAGGCGAAACGCCGCUGUUCGUCGCCGGCAGGCAAAACCUGUGGAAGAUGACCCUCUUCCUCUUGCUGUCAGGCGCGAAUCCGCAUGCGAUCAAUGAGGCCGGCGAGUGCGUGCUGCUGGCGUCGUCGGGCUUCUGCGCGGCCAUCAUCCACGACUUUGUCGCGCGGCCGCGCUCGCUCUCGUUCAUCGUCAGCGCCCUGUUCCCCGAACUUGUCGCCGGCCUCCCGAACCAUCGCCCCGCCGCCUCGCCCACGGAAGGCGCAACGUCGACCUCCGCCGCCAACGAGCCCGCCAUCGCCAGCACGACCACCCCUACUCCUCUGCCAGCCGCGAUGACGUCAUCGUCGUCUUCUCUUCCCCAGGUUUCCAUUACAGACCCAGGGAAUUCCAGCGAGUCUGCAAAGAGCGAAGACGACAGCAAAGCCAAGGAGGAAAAGAACGAAAAAGGCAAUGAAAACGAAGAGGAGCAAGAGGCGGAAGAGGCGUCCAAGACCCUAUUGGACAACUUCCCCGAGAUCCUCCAUCAGCUGAAUGAUGGCGACACCACUACCGCCGGUGGCCCGGCGUCGGGCGAUGGUCUGCGCAAGCGCGAGCAGAACAAGCGGCAGCGGAUGAACGCCGCCGUGAAGCAGGUGACCGAGCUGCUGCGCCGCGUGCUCGACGCGCUCCAGCUCUACGAGGGCGCGCUCGACGAGGCCGACGUGGCGCCGGACUCGGGCAGCUCGGGCGACCAGGGCGACGAGCAGCACCGGCGCGCGCGGUGGGAGCGGAACGCGUCGCUGACGCGGCUCAAAGAGCAGCUGGCCGGGUGGCUGCGCAAGAGCGAGGCGCGCAUUCCUCGCAUCACGCGCAAUCUGUCGUUCACGACGCUGAGCGAGGGCGAGAUGGCGCUCUACCUGCGCCAGUGGAAGUCGCUCCGACGCCAACGCAACCAACGCAAGCGAAAACGUGGCGAGGAGGUUGAAGAGGACUUCUUCGCGGAGACGUCGUCGCAGCCGCAGGAGGAGUGGAUCGACGUCAAGCGGCCGCGCCUGGAGGGGCAAGGUCAGGGCGAAGACAGCGACGGCGGCGAUCUGCCGAUGCCGCCGCUCACGGUGCCUGAGGUGGAGAGCAUCCCGCUCCCGCCGCCCUUCGUGCUCUUCGACGACGCGGUGCCCUUCGACGCACUCGCGCCGCUGCUCAUCCGCCGAACGCGGUCGCUCGUGGUCGCCGACGCCAAGUCGGCCAUUCCGGACGAGAGCAACUCGGGCGCCAGUUACAAGGCGCCCGACGAAGACGACGACGAUGUCGACGAUUCUGUCGACCUGGAUGACAACGCCGACAAGACGGGUGUCGACACGGGCGUAGGGCUGCUCGCGGAGGAGGGCUAUCUGCUCGACGCCUUCCUGACCAAGGUCGACGACGUCGAGCAAUCGGCCAAGCUGCAGGCCCUCUUCGUUCGAUCGAAAGUGACGAUGAGACGACGAAGCGGAGAAGACGACAGUGAUGGACGUUGA